CUAGGCUGCCUCAUCCUCGCGGAGCUCGCGACGGCUCGGGGCAGAGAGUCGCCGGGGCGCCCAGAAGCCCCGGGAAAGGACGAGGAGCGGGGCCGGGCCGGGCCGGCAAUGCCUCCAGCUGCUGCGGUGCCCGCCGGUGACCGAGCGCCCGCGGCCUCGGGGGCGCAGCUGGACCCCGGGGAGGCCAGGCUUUGAGGCGCUGGGGCCUAGUGCCCGCUGCGGCGGCUCAGAAGGGCCACAGGGCCCGCGCUCCCCCGCUUCCCUCGCUCUCUGCGGCCCCGCCUCGGCUCGCUUCCUCCGCCGCCGACCGCUAUGGCCUCCGCUGCCCGGGAGAACGCGGGCUCCGGGCUCAGGCGGUCGCCACGGCUCCCGGCGCUGCGCGGGCUGCUGCUGCUGUGCUUGUGGCUGCCCAGCGGCCGCGCGGUGGGGUCGCCCUCCGCGCCGCUGUCCGACCUGCACGCGCAGCUCUCGGGAGUGGAGCAGCUGCUGGAGGAGUUCCGCCGGCAGCUGCAGCAGGAACGGCCGCAGGAGGCGCUGGAGCUGGAACUGCGCGCGGGCGGCGGCCCCCAGGAAGGCUGCCCAGGCGGCGGCGGCGGCGGCUACAGUGCCAUGCCGGACGCCAUCAUCCGCACCAAGGACUCCAUCGCGGCCGGCGCCAGCUUCCUGAGCGCGCCGGCUGCCGUGCGGGACUGGCGGCAGUGCCUGGAGGCCUGCUGCCUCGAGCCGCGCUGCUCCGUGGCCGUGGUGGAGCUGCCCCGCCGGCCCGCGCCCCGGGCCGCCGCGCUCGGCUGCUACCUCUUCAACUGCACGGCGCGCGGCCGCAGCGUCUGCAAGUUCGCACUGCACCGCGGCUACAGCAGCUACAGCCUCAGCCGCGCCCCGGAGGGCGAGCAGGAAGGCCUGGAAGCUGGCGCCCCGGCCACCGCCCGGGCCUCGCCGCGGCCGGAAAAGGACGAGCCUCCACUUAGCAAGGCCGGGCAAGAUGUUGUUUUGCAUCUGCCCACAGAUGGAGUGAUUCUGGAUGGCCGUGAGAGCACAGACGACCACGCCAUCGUCCAGUAUGAGUGGACACUGCUGCAGGGUGACCCGUCGGUGGACAUGAAGGUGCCUCAGUCCGGAACCCUGAAGCUGUCCCACCUACAGGAAGGGACAUACACCUUUCAGCUGACGGUGAUGGACACUGCUGGGCAGAGGAGCUCUGACAGCGUCUCGGUGACCGUGCUUCCCGUGGCCUUCUCCACAGGAGGAUGCUCGAAUGUUUGCUCACGCUACCACUUCUUUUGUGAUGACGGCUGUUGUAUUGACAUCACGCUGGCUUGCGAUGGAGUGGAGCAGUGUCCUGAUGGGUCUGAUGAAGGUUUCUGUGAAAAUCUGAGCCUUGACCGCAAGAUGGUGACCCACACGGCUGUGGCACAGCCUAGACCCACCGGACCAAGCAAAGAUGCAGGCAGGGGCUCCUUGCGGGAAAAGUCCCAGAAAGCCACUGCCCCAAAACAGCCACCUGCGUCAUCAGCCAUGGAAAAGAGGAAUCAUUCUGCCUUUUGGGGACCAGAGAGUCUCAUUGAUCCUGGGAUGCCAGAUAGUGGUUCCUCAGGGAAGCACAGAAAAGAGGAAAAUUAUAUUUUUGAGUCAAAGAGCAAUCGACGAGGAGGGGAACACCCAGCCCCAGAAGCAGGUGCAGUGCUACCCCUGGCCCUGGGUUUGGCUAUCACUGCUUUGCUGCUUCUCAUGGUUGCUUGUCGACUACGGCUGGUGAAACAGAAACUUAAAAAAGCUCGUCCCAUUACAUCUGAGGAGUCUGACUACCUCAUAAAUGGGAUGUAUCUAUAAUAAGUGUAAUUUAAAUAGCUGAGGGCAAGAACAUGUUUCACUUAUAAUUUGUAUAUAUUUUGGGUUCUGAUAUUUAUAACCUCUUCUUUUUUUUGUUUUGAUUUGUUUUUAACCUCUUCUGUUUAACUAAGAAAACUACUGAAAACCCUGAAGAUUCUGCAAAUACUAAACCUUUGUUUUUAGUUAUUGAUUUUCCUUGGGAAGUAUGUGAAAUAUUUUGAAAUUUAGAGAGGAGUCCAUAUGACUACAGACUUUUACAAAUCUAACUCUGAUUUACAUAAGCUGCCCCUAAAAACAGAAAUUUGCAGUUAGCCAAGGCAGAAAAUUCCGAGUCUCUAGAGGUUCCUGGGAAAGGCAGUGUUAACUCUUUCUAGAAGCCAGCCAUUGGCACUUCAUACCACCCCACUUCCCUCGCCCUGUGGCCCUCCCAUUUCUCACUUUAAGCUUCCAGUGUUCUCCUUUCUCUUCUCUUCAAAACCUAUUUCUGAGGAUGGAGCUCAAGUGAGUGUACACCUUCAAUGAGAUGUUAUCCACGGCAGGAAUAUCUAAGUUAUAAACCUAAUGAACAGGUCAGUAAGGCCUAGGGAAGGUGAAUAUGAGUUCUUCCCAAUGCCUGACAUCGUGUCAUGUAUGUGGCUGCUUCAUUCUCCCAAAGGAGAAUGACUCAGACUUUGAAUUACAAAUAGCUCUAACAUGGUCAUGGAAGCAGAGAACCUGGCAGGUCAAAAAUUUUAACAGAAACCUAGCUGAGGGAAAAAUGAGCAAGGAGGAUGAUUAGUUCUUGUAUCUGCUCAACACUGCUCAUUUAUAUAGUCACUGGUUUUCAGCAUUAGUAUGUGUUGAUGGAAGAAAAAAACUGCAUUCAAAUUGAAAAACAGAACACUGAAUGGAUUUCUGGGUACAGCUUUUGUAAAAAUGUCACGUGUUUAAGUAUCAGCGGUUCUUCCAUUCAGUGGAGUGAUGCCGUUUUUCCGUUAUUUAUUUAAUGCUCUAAAAUGUUACAAUGUGCACACAGCUAGUGCCAGGCUUAUGUACUCCCAGAGCAUAAGGGAGUUUUGCACAAAUUCAUCUUUACAGAAAACCAGCAUCUAGCUUAGCAUCUUUUACCUUUUAAUCUGUAGGAUUUUAAAGGCAUAUUAUUUCCACCAUUGCUUAAUGCUGGGACUAUGCACAUUCUAGAAAUUAUUCUACUAAGAGGAAUGUAUAAUGUGAUGUUCCUAGUCACAUGUUUUUUUUUUUUACCAUAAGUGGCAAAUCUUUUAAAAUACUUGAAAACCCUCUAGAAAACUAUUUUUAGACUGAACCUGAUGUAAGUUAUUCCUUUAGCAAAGACUUAAUUUGGGUCAGAGAUAUACAUUAACAAAUGGAUAGUUACUUAGUUCUAGGAAAACAAAGAAAUUGGUUAUUUUUAUUUCCUAAGAAACUCAAGCAUGAAUUUUAGAAUUGAGCAAAGAUUUAAAUUUCUCCUUAAGGAGUUUAGAGAAAUGACUGUGUGAAUGAACCUAAGAUGUCUGUACUCUGUAUGUGAUGCUGUGCAGUUUGUUUUUCUAUAGAAGGAUGUCACCUAUAGCCAUAUCCAAUAAAAUAAAAACUGAUGAGGCAUGCAUCUUUCAGCACAUCUUUUAUACAUGAAGAAACUAAACACAAUUUAGUAUUGCCAUGGUGUUGAAACACUUGAUAAAAGAUGUCCCAUAUCUAUAUGUACAGUAUUCUUUAAUAAAUUUUAUUAUAUUCCUAAGCCUUUUUUUACACCUUUUAAUAUAAUCAUAGCUGCUAGUACAGAUGGUCCCUGACUUACGUUGCUUCGACUUACAUUUUUUUUUACUUUAUGAUGGUGCAAAAGUGACACAUUCAGUAGAAACCACACUUGGAAUUUUGAAUUUGGAUUUCUUCCUGGGCUACUGAUACACUUACUGUACAUCCUCUCUCGUGAUGCUGAACGGUGGCAGCAUAGGUCUUUUUCCCUAGAAAAUAAUCCUUUUUACUAUUGAUUUAAAACUGAUACAGUAGUGUUAACAGGGAAAUUCUGCAGGCUCUUUGAUCCAUAAGGUAAUUUCUAGGCAAAAUCCUGACAGGAUAAUCACCUAAAAAUUAAAAUAAACAAAUAAUGCUGGCAAAACAGAUUACUCAGUGUGAGGCAGUCCUUUAAAGGGCACAGUAAAAAGUGUUCAGGGCAUGGAAUUCAAAUACAAAUGUCCUCAGCUGCCCUAGGCCGUUGGACUGCUGCCUCUUAUGCUUAAGGUGCCCUCAGUAUUGCCAUCACCUGCCCUUUGACCAAAAGUGUUAUUCUGUGAUGCCCAUCCUACUGGGACACUCCACCCAAGUGAGAAAGAGUUCUUGAGACCCAGCAGCCAUAGAACUUCAUCUAACGUUAGGAAAGAAAAAGGAAAGGCAAGAAGGGAAAAGGAAGAGAAGAACAGGAAGAGGGGGAAAGAGAGAAUGAGGAAGAGGGGAGGGUUUCACCGGCCCAGCACAGCACUCUGGAGGCACUAAGGUGAGGGAGCACUUCUCAGGGAGCACUUCUCAGAGUCCUGGCCCCAGCAACACAAAGUCAGUUAAAAAUAUAAAGCCUUGGGCUUCCCUGGUGGCACAGUGGCUGAGAAUUCGCCUGCCGGUGUAGGGGACACGGUGAGAGGCCCGCGUACCGCAAAAAAA